AUGUACUGGAGCCUGAACCGGACGGGUUGCUUGGAAUGCUAUAAAAGGAGGUUCCAGGCAUUUUUGCCCAAAUUCAUUCAUCUUUGCCUCUGUUUCUCAUCGUCUCCAACGAGGAGACUGCUCUUCAACUCAGAUUCUUCGACCCCAUUCUUCGACUCAGAUUCUUCGAUCUCGUUCUUCGACUCACAGGCUCACAGCACAACAACAAAUAUUCGACUCUUCAGGUAUGGCUUCAUAUUUGGCCGAGAAUCUGCUUCUGCUCGAAAACCCUCUCCUCAUUCUUCAAUUGAUAACUUCCUUGCUUCUCUCUACUUGCUAGUCUGCUAA